AUGCGCCCUAUAGCAAAAACCUCUCAAAAAAAAAAAAAAAGUGUAUUUAUGCAUGGCAGGGCCAUGGUGCUCAGAGGGAGGCAGCAACUGAAAAGGGGAGGGGUGAAGAGCAACUGAGGUUUAUGUGGAGAGUUUCCAGAAGAGGUGACCCUAGACUAGUUUUGAAGGAUGAGUGAGUCCAGGCAAGGAAAAGGAAGUUUAAGGUGGGGGUACUGGCAUCCGUAAGAGCAAAGGUAAGAGCAGAGAUACGGAGGUCCUCUAGCUGAACUGUAGGCAGACCAGGUGGCUUGGAAUAUCACGCUGGGCGUGCGCGUGUGAGCAUGCCCAAGAUACCGGGAGAAGACUGGAUAAGAAAGGAUCGCAGCGUGGCCAUCCUCCCUGGGAACUGAUGCUUUGGCAGAGUACAGGAACUCUAUUUUAAGAACCUCUCCAAACGAAAACCACAAAUCAUGGAGAAGAACGGGAAUAACCGGAAGCUGCGGGUUUGUGUUGCUACUUGCAACCGUGCUGAUUAUUCUAAACUUGCCCCAAUCAUGUUUGGCAUUAAAACGGAACCAGAGUUUUUUGAACUCGAUGUGGUAGUACUUGGCUCUCACCUGAUAGACGACUAUGGAAAUACGUAUCGCAUGAUUGAACAAGAUGACUUUGACAUUAACACCAGGCUACACACGAUCGUGAGGGGAGAAGAUGAGGCAGCCAUGGUGGAGUCAGUAGGCUUGGCGCUAGUGAAGCUACCAGAUGUCCUUAAUCGUCUGAAGCCUGAUAUCAUGAUUGUUCACGGAGACAGGUUUGAUGCCCUAGCUCUGGCCACAUCUGCUGCCUUGAUGAACAUCCGAAUCCUUCAUAUUGAAGGUGGAGAAGUCAGUGGUACCAUUGAUGACUCUAUUAGACAUGCCAUAACAAAACUGGCUCAUUAUCACGUGUGCUGCACCCGGAGUGCUGAACAACAUCUGAUCUCCAUGUGUGAGGACCAUGACCGCAUCCUUUUGGCAGGCUGCCCUUCCUAUGACAAACUUCUCUCAGCCAAGAACAAAGACUACAUGAGCAUCAUUCGGAUGUGGUUAGGUGAUGAUGUAAAAUCUAAAGAUUACAUUGUGGCACUACAGCACCCAGUGACCACUGAUAUUAAGCAUUCCAUAAAAAUGUUUGAAUUAACGUUGGAUGCACUAAUCUCGUUUAACAAGCGGACUUUAGUUCUGUUUCCCAAUAUUGAUGCAGGGAGCAAAGAAAUGGUUCGAGUGAUGCGGAAGAAGGGCAUUGAACAUCAUCCCAACUUCCGUGCGGUUAAACAUGUCCCGUUUGACCAGUUUAUACAGUUGGUCGCCCAUGCCGGUUGUAUGAUUGGGAAUAGCAGCUGUGGAGUUCGGGAGGUUGGAGCUUUUGGAACACCUGUGAUCAACCUGGGGACACGUCAGAUUGGAAGAGAAACAGGGGAGAACGUCCUUCAUGUCCGGGAUGCUGACACCCAAGACAAAAUAUUGCAAGCGCUGCACCUUCAGUUUGGAAAACAGUACCCUUGUUCAAAGAUAUAUGGGGAUGGAAAUGCUGUUCCAAGGAUUUUGAAGUUUCUCAAAUCUAUUGAUCUUCAAGAGCCACUACAAAAGAAAUUCUGCUUUCCUCCUGUGAAAGAGAAUAUCUCUCAAGAUAUUGACCAUAUUCUUGAAACUCUCAGUGCCUUGGCUGUUGAUCUUGGUGGAACGAACCUCCGAGUUGCAAUAGUCAGCAUGAAGGGUGAAAUAGUUAAGAAGUAUACUCAGUUCAAUCCUAAAACCUAUGAAGAGAGGAUUAAUUUAAUCCUGCAGAUGUGUGUGGAAGCUGCAGCAGAAGCUGUAAAACUAAACUGCAGAAUUUUAGGAGUAGGCAUUUCCACAGGUGGCCGUGUAAAUCCUCGGGAAGGAAUUGUGCUGCAUUCAACCAAACUGAUCCAAGAAUGGAACUCUGUGGACCUCAGGACCCCCCUGUCUGACACUUUGCAUCUCCCUGUAUGGGUGGACAAUGAUGGCAACUGUGCUGCCCUGGCAGAACGGAAAUUUGGCCAAGGAAAGGGAUUGGAAAAUUUUGUUACACUCAUCACAGGCACAGGAAUUGGUGGUGGAAUCAUCCAUCAGCAUGAAUUGAUCCAUGGAAGCUCCUUCUGUGCUGCAGAACUUGGCCACCUUGUUGUGUCUCUGGGUGGGCCUGACUGUUCCUGUGGAAGCCAUGGGUGUAUUGAAGCCUAUGCCUCUGGAAUGGCCUUGCAGAGGGAAGCAAAAAAGCUUCAUGAUGAGGACCUGCUCUUGGUGGAAGGGAUGUCAGUGCCAAAAGACGAAGCUGUGGGUGCUCUCCACCUCAUCCAAGCAGCGAAACUUGGCAACGCGAAGGCCCAGAGCAUCUUAAGAACAGCUGGAACGGCUCUGGGUCUUGGGGUUGUGAACAUCCUCCACACUAUGAAUCCUUCCCUCGUGAUCCUCUCUGGAGUCCUGGCCAGUCACUAUAUCCACAUUGUGAAAGAUGUCAUCCGCCAGCAAGCCUUGUCCUCAGUACAGGAUGUGGACGUGGUGGUUUCGGAUCUGGCUGACCCCGCACUGCUGGGUGCUGCCAGCAUGGUUCUGGACUACACAACUCGCAGGAUCUACUAGGCCUUCCAGAGUGGACAUGGACCGAGACUCAAAAGCUCCUUAGUGUAAUCAAGUUGUCUUUUAGAUGAUUUCUUAAAAAGCAAAUUUGGUAUUUGACUGCAGGCCACUUUGGCAGAGAAAUAGUUUUGCUUUUUUGGCUUUUCCAAAGUUACCUUCCCAACCCCCACUUGUGUAGAUGCUUUUUCUGGUGUUUUCCUAAGAGGGGUCAUUUUAGCCCUAACCCUGUAAGUUGCAGUCAAUCUUUUGUGCCAAAAGGAGCUACAGUAAUAAGAGGGCGCCUUAUGACCUGCUUACUAAUGUACCACUCUCAGGCUUGCAGUCUUGCUUGGGAGGUAAGUUUCAUACUGGAAUGUGGAUUAAUAACCCUUCCUUCUUUAACCCUCAACUUUGAUCACAGGGAGGAGUCCAGUCGGGGAACAGAAAGGGUUAAGUAAAUUUUUCUUUUUAAAAUCA